UCCUCCUCUUUUUUAGAAGCAGCGAUCGGAGAUGGAUGUCUCUCUUUGCCCAGCCAAGUGUAGUUUCUGGCGGAUUUUCUUGCUGGGAAGCGUCUGGCUGGACUAUGUGGGCUCCGUGCUGGCUUGCCCUGCAAAUUGUGUCUGCAGCAAGACUGAGAUCAAUUGCCGGCGGCCGGACGAUGGGAAUCUCUUCCCCCUCCUGGAAGGGCAGGAUUCAGGGAACAGCAAUGGGAACGCCAGCAUCAACAUCACGGACAUCUCAAGGAAUAUCACUUCCAUACACAUAGAGAAUUGGCGAGGCCUGCACACACUCAACGCUGUGGACAUGGAGCUGUACACGGGACUCCAGAAGCUGACCAUCAAGAAUUCUGGACUCCGGAACAUUCAGCCCAGAGCCUUCGCCAAGAAUCCCCACUUGCGCUAUAUAAACUUGUCAAGUAAUCGGCUCACUACACUCUCCUGGCAGCUCUUCCAGACGCUGAGUCUUCGGGAAUUGAGACUGGAGCAGAACUUCUUCAACUGCAGCUGUGACAUCCGCUGGAUGCAGCUGUGGCAGGAGCAGGGGGAGGCCCGGCUGGACAGCCAGAGCCUCUACUGCAUCAGUGCUGAUGGCUCCCAGCUCCCCCUCUUCCGCAUGAACAUCAGUCAGUGUGAUCUCCCCGAGAUCAGCGUGAGCCACGUCAACCUGACCGUCCGAGAAGGAGACAAUGCUGUAAUCACUUGCAAUGGCUCUGGUUCUCCCUUGCCUGAUGUGGACUGGAUCGUCACUGGGUUGCAGUCCAUCAACACCCACCAGACCAAUCUGAACUGGACCAAUGUUCAUGCCAUCAACUUGACCUUGGUGAAUGUGACGAGCGAGGACAAUGGUUUCACCCUGACGUGCAUUGCAGAGAACGUGGUGGGCAUGAGCAAUGCCAGCGUUGCUCUCACUGUCUACUACCCUCCACGUGUGGUGAGCCUGGUGGAGCCUGAGGUACGCCUGGAGCAUUGCAUUGAGUUUGUGGUGCGUGGCAACCCGACGCCCACGCUGCACUGGCUGUACAAUGGGCAGCCAUUGAGGGAGUCCAAGAUCAUUCACAUGGACUACUACCAGGAGGGUGAGGUCUCGGAGGGCUGCCUGCUCUUCAACAAACCCACCCAUUACAACAACGGCAACUACACCCUCAUUGCUAAGAAUGCCCUGGGCACGGCCAACCAGACCAUCAAUGGCCACUUCCUCAAGGAGCCCUUUCCAGAGAGUACCGAUUUCUUUGACUUUGAGUCUGAUGCGAGCCCUACACCCCCUAUCACCGUGACCCACAAACCGGAGGAAGACACUUUUGGGGUAUCCAUAGCAGUUGGACUUGCUGCCUUUGCCUGCGUCCUUUUGGUGGUUCUCUUCAUCAUGAUCAACAAGUAUGGUCGCCGGUCCAAAUUUGGAAUGAAGGGUCCUGUGGCUGUCAUCAGUGGUGAGGAGGACUCAGCCAGCCCACUGCACCACAUCAACCAUGGCAUCACUACGCCUUCCUCGCUGGACGCUGGGCCGGACACAGUGGUCAUUGGCAUGACUCGAAUUCCAGUCAUUGAGAACCCACAGUACUUCCGUCAGGGACACAAUUGCCACAAGCCAGACACAUAUGUCCAGCACAUCAAGAGGAGAGACAUAGUGUUGAAGAGAGAACUGGGUGAGGGGGCCUUUGGAAAGGUCUUCCUGGCUGAGUGCUACAAUCUAAGUCCCACCAAAGACAAGAUGCUCGUGGCAGUGAAGGCCCUGAAGGAUCCCACCUUGGCUGCCAGGAAGGAUUUCCAGAGGGAGGCUGAGCUGCUCACUAACCUGCAGCACGAACAUAUUGUCAAGUUCUAUGGGGUGUGUGGGGAUGGGGACCCACUCAUCAUGGUCUUUGAAUACAUGAAACAUGGAGACCUUAACAAGUUCCUCAGGGCCCAUGGGCCAGAUGCAAUGAUCCUCGUGGAUGGGCAGCCACGCCAGGCCAAGGGCGAGCUGGGACUCUCUCAGAUGCUCCACAUUGCCAGUCAGAUAGCCUCGGGCAUGGUGUACCUGGCCUCCCAACACUUUGUGCACCGGGAUCUGGCCACUAGGAACUGCCUGGUCGGAGCCAACUUACUGGUGAAGAUUGGAGAUUUUGGCAUGUCCAGGGAUGUCUACAGCACUGAUUACUACAGGGUGGGAGGACACACCAUGCUCCCCAUCCGCUGGAUGCCCCCUGAAAGCAUCAUGUACCGGAAGUUCACCACAGAGAGUGAUGUGUGGAGCUUCGGGGUUAUCCUUUGGGAGAUCUUUACCUAUGGGAAACAACCAUGGUUCCAGCUCUCCAACACAGAGGUCAUUGAGUGCAUCACCCAAGGCCGUGUCUUGGAGAGACCCCGAGUCUGCCCGAAAGAGGUAUAUGACGUCAUGCUGGGGUGCUGGCAGAGGGAACCACAACAGCGGCUGAACAUUAAGGAGAUCUACAAAAUCCUCCAUGCUUUGGGGAAGGCCACUCCAAUCUACCUGGACAUUCUCGGCUAGUGGUGACUGGUGGCCAAGCGUUUAUACUCUGUUGCCUCCUCUCUCCCUGCUCAUAUCCUCUUUUUCCUCAUCUCCACUCCUUUCUUCCAUCUUUGACUGAAAUGAACAUCUUCAUAUAAACUCAAGUGCCUGCUACACAUACAACACUGAAUUUAAAAAAAAAAAAAAGAAAGAAAGAAAGAAACCCUGUAAGGCAGUUUGACAUAUAUAUUUAUAUAUAUAAUUAUCUAUCUAUCUAUAUCUACAGAGAAUUACCUUCUCAGAUACACAGAGAAGCUGCUGAUACAGAAAACCGUAAGACAUUAACAAUUGAGAAAAAAAUUUAAAUAUUAUUAUUAACACAAAUGAAAUCCCCUUGACUUAAGCUGUGGCCCAUGCUUCUUCAGCUCUGGAUUUUGGAGCUCUUCGUCUUGACCCUGCCAAGAGAGAGGCUGGGAGGAGGCAGGGUACUGCCCAAUCAUCCGUGCACAUGCGUAACCCGUUGACGGUGCUUGGCAAGGAAACAAUUCUGGAAGUCCAGGCCCUUCGGAACCAUCUCUGGUCUGCCUUGACCUUUGCUUCCACUCUCUUCCCGCUUUUUCUCCACUUUGGGACAAUUUUCUAAUUUGUCUGUUCUACAAAGUAUAUAGUCGUGACGCUUUUUGGAAUCAAUGAUGACACCUACGGGUAAACAGUGAACAAAUAACAACACCAGACCACACAAAGCCAUCCACGGUCAGGGUGAUCACCAAACAAGUAAGGACAGGGGACUCCUGGGAGAGGAAACCCCACCCUUUCGGAUGUAAAUCAUGCUCAAUUCCUUACUAGGUUUGAAGCGAUUCGAUCUUCUGAACUUGAAGAACUGUGCUUAGUGGAUUUACAGAAUGGAGGAAGAACAGCUGAAGUCCGAAUCCUAUCAAGGCAUUGCCACUCAUCUUUCCAUCACUGGGGAGAUUCUUGGCCUGUCCUUUCAUUUUAAGGCUCUUGGGGAGCUUGGAGGUUUAGAACCCACAUUUUCUGGUGUUAUCUGCUAAUGCGGACACAGCAGGUUUCAAGGCUCUGGUAGCAAGAGACUUAGCUGCUUGUAGGUCAUAAUUAGGCAGCCCCUUGGGUCUUAUUUUCUUAUCUUGCUUCUCCCAUAUCCUGAGGUUCAAUCAAGUCCUGGGUAAACCCCACUGCUAGGAAAGGAAUCCAGGUGAGAGCCUGAGUCAUUUGUGUUUCAAGCAGCCAGACACUGGCAUUGGCAAAAGCCAGCAACGAAGAAUCUUCUUGGCACCUGUGCUAGGCCCUUGGCAUUCUCCUCACGUUUUCAGCCCUCGGAAGGAUUGAUGCAUCUGCCUUUGAGCUGUUGUGAAAAGGCAGGGACUGAGAAAUCGCUUUGUGGGCU